AACUCAUACUCGGAUCAGAGCAGUGAAGAAAUCUGCACACAAACAAGGGCAUUCGAUAAUGAACACAUGUGUACAUGUGACAUUUUAUAAUAAAUAGAUCGACUAUGAUUGGAAUAUUCCAGGACUGGUUUGUUUUGUGACAUUUCUUUGAAUCUUUUACUGCUUUUCCGCGUGCUAAUAGACAUUAUUUAUAAGAAUAUUGCUGCCAGGUCACCCACAGGUUAUGGCAAAUCUAGCUCAUGUGUCAAAGGUUCGGUCUCUGUAUAAAAGGAUCCUUUUACUCCACCGCUUCAUGCCGAUAGAUCUGCGAGCUCUGGGUGAUCAGUAUGUAAAAGAUGAAUUCAGAAGACACAAGACUGCAACAAAUGAAGAAGCCAAACGCUUCAUGACAGAAUGGGAGGUCUACAAAGACACCCUGCAGACGCAGGUGCUGGAAGCGAUGGGAAACAAAAAGUUGACGUUCGGGCUGGAUUUAUCAAAAGAGAAACUCCAAGACUUUCAGGACGAGCAGAUCGGGCAGCUUUACGAGCUUAUGCUUGAGUCUAAAAAACCAAACCGGCAAUUUGACAUUCAAGAGGAAGAUACACCAAAGUAACACAGUGCCCGCAAAGAGAUGCUCUUCAUCAGAUAUUUGGACAAGAAAGCACUGUUGUUUAUAACCAAGACUUUAUAAUAAAAUGCUCUGUGAAUCCAAG